CUCUGAACAAUGGGCACUUAACAUGUGAAAGACGUGGCUCCAAUGAAAAAAGAGGGAGAAAAAGAGAAAUUCCCAGACUUUAAAGGGUGUGGCCUUCGACUUGCUGAUGUAUCUGCUGAAGUUAUAGUUAAAAGGUGAAUUUAGCUUCAUUGACUACACCUAGGACCAUCUUCAAGACUCCUCAGAAGGCAGUUGAUUAACUCUGCAGAUGAAGAGCUCAUGUUUAAGGUGAACUGACUAUACUAUCUUCAGCUGGCUUCACAGAUAAUGUUUAAAGGAUUCUACAGCAAUCUUUGAUAUUGGACAUAUUUGGAAUCUCUUCUUUGGCUCUCUGGCACCAUUGCUUUCCAGUAUUAACUUGGUUGUGAUCACUCCCAACGUUUUACAUGGUUUGCCAUGGUUACAUGAACUUUUCGGAAGUGAUAUUUGUACCAUCUCGUACUUUAUUCACUAUGGCACUUUAGGAAAAGAAACUGGACAGAGCUUCCAAAGCAGUAUUUUAAAAGAUGAAUCUAAUUGUGAAACUGCGGAGAAGUUUUCGAACAUUGAUUGUUCUCUUAGCUACCUUUUGCUUGGUGAGCAUUGUCAUUUCUGCUUAUUUCCUCUACUCCGGCUAUAAACAGGAAAUGUCGCUUAUUGAAACUACUGCAGAAGCAGAAUGUGCUGAUGUCAAAAUUCUACCAUAUCGGUCGAUGGAGCUGAAAACAGUUAAACCCAUCGAUACAUCCAAAACUGAUCCUACUGUGCUCCUGUUUGUGGAGAGUCAGUACUCACAACUGGGUCAAGAUAUCAUUGCUAUAUUGGAGUCCAGCCGAUUUCAAUAUCACAUGGUCAUCGCCCCUGGAAAGGGUGAUAUACCUCCUCUUACGGAUAAUAGUAAAGGCAAAUAUAUUUUAGUUAUUUAUGAAAACAUUCUGAAGUAUGUCAGCAUGGACUCAUGGAAUCGAGAGCUUUUAGAAAAAUACUGUGUGGAAUACAGUGUUAGUAUAAUUGGUUUUCAUAAAGCCAAUGAGAACAGCUUACCAAGCACACAACUCAAAGGCUUUCCAUUGACCCUUCUCAAUAAUCUAGCUCUACGAGACUGUUUUGUCAACCCUCAGUCUCCUUUGCUGCAUAUUACCAAAGCCCCCAAGGUUGAAAAAGGCCCGCUUCCUGGCGAAGACUGGACUAUUUUCCAGUAUAAUCAUUCAACCUACCAGCCCGUGCUUUUAACUGAAUUACAGACAGAAAAGCCCCUUUCAUCCUCACCCAGCAAACCAUUCCAUGCCACAGUGAUUCAGGAUCUGGGGCUUCAUGAUGGAAUUCAGCGAGUUCUUUUUGGCAACAACUUAAACUUUUGGCUGCACAAGCUCAUCUUCAUAGAUGCUGUUUCGUUCUUGUCAGGGAAGAGGCUCACAUUAUCCUUGGACAGGUAUAUCCUUGUGGACAUUGAUGAUAUCUUUGUUGGAAAGGAAGGAACAAGGAUGAAUGUCAAAGAUGUGAAGGCAUUACUAGAGACUCAAAAUUUACUGCGCACUCAGGUUGCAAAUUUUACCUUCAACCUUGGAUUUUCAGGGAAGUUUUACCAUACAGGAACAGGAGAGGAAGAUGAAGGUGAUGACCUUUUGCUUCGGUCAGUGGACGAGUUUUGGUGGUUUCCCCACAUGUGGAGCCACAUGCAGCCCCACCUCUUCCACAAUGAGUCCUCUCUGGUGGAGCAGAUGAUUCUCAACAAGGAAUUUGCCCUGGAUCAUGGAAUACCUAUCAACAUGGGCUAUGCAGUGGCACCCCAUCACUCGGGCGUCUACCCAGUUCACAUUCAACUGUAUGCAGCUUGGAGGAAAGUCUGGGGUAUUCAGGUCACCAGCACUGAAGAAUAUCCACAUUUGAAACCUGCACGGUACCGAAAGGGCUUCAUUCACAAUAGCAUCAUGGUCCUCCCUCGACAGACCUGUGGGUUAUUCACCCACACUAUUUUCUACAAAGAGUAUCCUGGUGGACCCCAAGAACUGGAUAAAAGUAUCCGAGGAGGUGAACUUUUCCUCACAAUCCUUCUAAAUCCAAUCAGCAUUUUCAUGACCCACCUGUCUAACUAUGGGAAUGACCGCCUAGGGUUAUAUACCUUUGUGAACUUGGCUAACUUCGUGCAAAGCUGGACCAACCUGAAAUUGCAGACUCUGCCUCCAGUGCAACUAGCUCACAAGUACUUUGAGCUCUUCCCUGAACAAAAAGACCCUCUCUGGCAGAAUCCAUGUGAUGAUAAAAGACACAAAGAUAUUUGGUCCAGGGAGAAAACUUGUGACCACUUACCAAAAUUCCUAGUAAUCGGGCCACAAAAAACAGGAACAACUGCACUAUAUUUAUUUCUUCUUAUGCACCCUUCCAUCAUCAGCAAUCUCCCCAGCCCAAAAACAUUUGAAGAAGUUCAAUUCUUUAAUGGCAACAACUAUCACAAAGGAAUUGACUGGUAUAUGGACUUUUUCCCCACUCCAUCCAACAUUACAAGUGACUUUUUAUUUGAAAAGAGUGCUAAUUACUUCCACUCAGAAGAAGCUCCCAAGCGAGCUGCAUCCUUAGUCCCCAAAGCCAAGAUCAUCACCAUCCUCAUCGACCCCUCAGACAGAGCAUAUUCUUGGUACCAGCAUCAACGGUCACAUGAAGAUCCAGCCGCCCUGAGAUUUAAUUUCUAUGAAGUCAUUACAACAGGACAUUGGGCCCCAUCAGACCUAAAAACUUUGCAGAGGAGAUGCCUCAUCCCUGGGUGGUAUGCUGUCCACAUAGAAAGAUGGCUAACUUACUAUGCUACUUCUCAGUUGCUAAUUAUUGAUGGACAGCAACUGAGAUCUGAUCCAGCCACUGUGAUGGAUGAAGUCCAGAAGUUUUUGGGAGUUACACCUCAUUAUAAUUACUCUGAAGCGCUAACGUUUGAUCCCCAAAAGGGUUUUUGGUGUCAGCUGCUGGAAGGAGGAAAGACCAAAUGCCUUGGAAAAAGCAAGGGCCGAAAAUAUCCACCCAUGGAUCCAGAGUCUAGAACCUUCCUCUCUAAUUACUACCGAGACCACAAUGUGGAACUGUCCAAGCUGCUGCACCGGCUGGGGCAGCCUCUGCCUUCCUGGCUGAGACAGGAGUUGCAGAAAGUGAGGUUUCAGAAACUCUGUAUAUGACUGAGGCUCCUGAUUAUAUGCAAGUGACAAAUUGGAAUCUUGAGUAAAAGAUAACGACUGAGUAUCUAUUCAUGAGGUUAGUAGCAACCCGAUUUCUGAAUUAAGGGCUUAUAUUUCCCUCUGCUAAUUUAAAAAUAAUUUUGCUUUU